GGAGGCUCCCCGCCGCCUUUCCCGAUCCCCGCUUCCCCAUCCUGCAGCUGCAGCUGGAGCAGGAGCAGGAGCUGGAGCAGGAGCCGGAGCUGUCGCGGUCCUCUUAGGAGAGGCGUCCUCCCCAGUCCGGGGAGGGAGAGAGGGACACGCACACCCACACCCGCACACGGACUCACAGCCACCCGCACGGCGGACUUGGAACCGGCCCUGCCUCCUCCUCCUCCCUCCCCAGCCAGACGACGUCCGGGAGCGUACUGGACGUCCCCGCAAAGUUCGGAUCCCGUCGGAGCUCCGGCGGCGGCGGCGGCGGCGGCGGCGGCGGGGAAGGGGGGUCAUCGUCCUGCCGCCGGGGGAUGGGGCGGCCUCCCCUCCGGCCGGACCCCAGGCUGCGGGGCUGAGCCGCCCCAAGGGACCGAAGCCCGGGCCGGGCCGGGGGCUCCAGCCUUCCUUGGUUUCUACAGAAAGCCUCAUUAGCCAUUCUGGAGAUGGACUUGCUCUCUGGAACCUACCUCUUGGCAGUCUUAUUAGCCUGUAUUGUAUUCCAGUCUGGUGCUCAGGAGAAGAAUUAUACGGUGCGGGAAGAACUGCCGGAAAAUGUCCUGAUUGGCAAUUUGCUGAAGGAUCUCAACUUGACGCUUGACCCGGAAGUGCCCUUAUCCGCACCGCUCCAGUUCAAAUUGGUGUACAAGACUGGCGACGUGCCGCUGGUACGCAUCGAAGAGAACACCGGCGAGAUCUUCACCACCGCCAACCGCAUAGAUCGGGAGAAGCUGUGCUCUGGCAUCUUCAGCGAAAAUCGCUGCUUCUACGAGGUGGAGGUCGCCGUCCUGCCUGACGAAGUCUUCCGGUUGGUCAAGAUCCGCUUCCUGAUAGAUGAUAUCAAUGACAACGCUCCUCUCUUUCCCUCCACCGUGAUCAACAUCUCCAUCCCCGAGAACACCGCCAUCAACUCCCGAUACUCUGUCCCUUCGGCUAUCGACCCUGAUAUCGGAGUCAAUGGCAUCCAACAUUAUGAGCUGCUUAAGCCCAAAACCGCUCCGAAAAGGACAUUUGGAUCCAUUACGAAUGAGCAGGGCCAGAAUGUUUUUGGACUGGAUGUAAUCGAAACACCCGAGGGAGACAAAUGGCCUCAGCUGAUUGUCCAGCAGAUCUUGGAUCGGGAGCAGAAGGACACGUACGUGAUGAAAAUCAAAGUCGAGGACGGGGGCAAUCCUCCCAGGUCCAGCACCGCCAUUUUGCAAGUGACGGUCACGGACGUCAAUGACAACCGCCCGGUCUUCAAGGAGAACGACAUCGAAGUGAGCAUCCCCGAAAACGCCCCCGUGGGCACCUCGGUCUCCCAGCUCCACGCCACGGACGCCGACCUCGGGGCCAACGCCCAGAUCCGCUUCUCUUUCAGCAACCAGAUCUCCAGCCUGGCCAAACGGUUGUUCGCCAUAGACAACGCCACCGGCCUCAUCACCACCAAGGACGUCCUGGACAGGGAAGAGGCGCCGACCCACAAACUGACGGUCCUAGCCAGCGACGGCAGCUCGACGCCAUCGCGGGCCACCGUCACGGUCAACGUCACGGACGUCAACGACAACGUCCCCUCCAUAGACACCAGGUACAUCAUCAACCCUACCAACGGGACGGUGCUCCUGUCCGAGAAGGCGCCCAUCAACACCAAAAUCGCCCUCAUCACCGUGACCGACAAGGACGCCGACCUGAACGGGAAGGUGACCUGCUUCACCGACCACGACGUCCCCUUCCGGCUGAAGCCCGUCUUUGACAACCAGUUUCUCCUGGAGACGGCCACGUACCUGGACUACGAGGCCACGCGGGAGUACGCCAUUAAGAUCGUGGCUUCCGACUCGGGGAAGCCUCCCUUGAACCAGUCGGCCAUGCUCCUGAUCAAGAUAAAGGACGAGAACGACAACGCGCCCGUUUUCACCCAGCCCGUCAUCGGGCUCUCGAUCCCCGAGAACAACGCGCCCGGAACCCAGCUGACCAAAAUCAGCGCCACGGACGCCGACGGCGGACGCAACGCCGAGAUCAGCUACAUGUUGGGCUCGGACGCGCCGCCCAUCUUCAACCUGGAUCGGCGCACGGGCGUCCUCACCGCGGUGCGGAGGCUGGACCGAGAGAAGCAGGACAGGUACUCCUUCACCGUCCUGGCCCGGGACAACGGGAUCCCCCCACUGCAGGCCAACGCCACCGUGACCGUGUCCGUCCUGGACCAGAACGACAACAGCCCCGCCUUCACCCACAACGAGUACAACUUCUACGUGCCGGAAAACCUCCCCAUGUACGGCACGGUGGGCCUCAUCACCGUGACGGACGCGGACGCCGGGGAGAACGCGGCCGUCACCCUCUCCAUCCUCAACGGCCGGGACCAUUUCAUCAUCGACCCGCUGACCGGCGUCAUCCGGCCCAACAUCACUUUCGACAGGGAACAGCAGGGCUCGUACACUUUCCAGGUGAAGGCCGUGGACGCGGGGCGGCUGCAGCGUUCGUCCACCGCCAAGGUGACCAUCAACGUGGUCGACGUGAACGACAACCGGCCGGUCUUCGUCGUCCCCUCCUCCAACUACUCGUACGACUUGGUUCCGACCACGGCCGGCCCGGGCUCCGUGGUGACCAAAGUGUUUGCCGUCGACAACGACACGGGGAUGAACGCGGAGCUCCGCUACAGCAUCGUGGGCGGGAACUCGAGGGGCCUGUUUGCCAUCGACCAGCUCACGGGCAACGUGACGCUGAAAGAGAAGGUGAUCUCCGCGGACCACGGCUUGCACAGGCUGGUGGUGAAAGUGAACGACCUGGGCCAGCCGGAGUCCCUCUACGCCAUCGCCCUGGUGCACCUGUUCGUGAACGAGACAGUGACCAACGGGUCGUACGUCCAGGAACUCGUGCGCAGGAAUAUGGACGCCCCCGUGGGCCAGAACGUAGGGGACGGGGAGAUCACCCCGCAGACCAACGACUACGUCAAGAUCAUCAUCGCCAUCAUCGCGGGCACCAUGACCGUCAUCCUGGUCAUCUUCGUCACGGCCCUGGUGCGGUGCCGGCAGACCCCGCGCCAUAAGGUGGUCCAGAAGGGCAAACAGAGCGGGGAGUGGGUCUCGCCCAACCAGGAGAACAGGCAGAUCAAGAAGAAGAAGAAGAAGAAGAAGCGCUCGCCCAAAAGUCUCCUCCUCAACUUCGUGACCAUCGAAGAGUCCAAGCCCGACGACCCCAGCCACGAGCAUAUCAACGGCACCCUCGACAUCCCCGUGGAGCUGGAAGAACAGACUAUGGGGAAGUACAACUGGGCCACCACCCCAACCACCUUUAAGCCCGACAGCCCAGACUUAGCCAAGCACUAUAAAUCCGCCUCUCCCCAGCCCACCUUCCAAAUCAAACCCGAGACUCCCGUGCCCCCCAAGAAGCACCAUGUCAUACAAGAACUGCCUCUGGAUAACACCUUCGUGAUGGGCUGUGACUCUCUCUCCAAAUGUUCUUCCAGCAGCUCGGACCCCUAUAGCGUCUCGGAAUGCAGCUGUCAGGGCGGCUUCAAGACCCCAGCGCCCAUCCAUACCAGACAGCACACAAAAGAGGUUGGAAAGCCCCAGUCACCCUUAAAAGAGUCAAGUUUGGAGCCGUGGCCUCAGCCCCAGUCCCAGCGCCGGGUCACAUUUCACCUACCAGACAGCUCCCAGGAAAGCUGUAGUGACAGUGGGCUGGGAGAUCGUGAACCUACCAGCAGUUCCAGCACAUCUCACCCUCUGCCCCUGGGCUUCCCCCAAGAGGAAUACUAUGAGCAGACAUCACCCAAUAGCCGGACCGAGGGAGACGGCAACUCCGAUCCAGAGUCUACUUGCAUUAAUGGAUUAAGAAAAGCUAUAGAAGUUAAUCUCCAGAAGGCCCUAGCAGAAGCCUCCGAGACCUGCACCCAAGAAUGCCUGAUUCUCGGCCAUUCCGACAACUGCUGGAUGCCACCGUCUCUGACCCAGUACCAACAGGCUAAUCCUCCUCUGCCAACAUUUGGCUUCCAACAAGGAUGGGGGGGAGGAGCCCGACCAGAGGGAAGGCACACUCUUGGGCGGCCCGUUGCUAAGGAUGAGCUCGAAAAAGGGCAGGGGGUUCCCAGGCCCCAAUUUUACAACACGUGUGAGAGACAAUGUGCCAGCGAAGAGUCGGUCAAGGUUAUACCCCUGGCUAAUUUCACUCCCGGCCAACCGGCCCCCAUGUCGGGGAACAACUCCACCUUUAUACACGAGCAUCCCCUAUAAGGCUUAUUCGAUCGGUCAGGGUGUUUCAGGCUUCGAGGGAGUGUAUAUAGCCAGAGCUUAGCAGUGAGUUUUAAUGCAUCCUCCCUACCUGUUAGGCUUGUGAAUAGUUAUGUAAAUAACAAUCUGAGUUGAAUUCCAGCACUAGAUCCUUAGUUUUAGGUGAAAAAGAAACUGUGUCAUAAGUUUUGGUCAUUGUCUGAGAAAGAAAAAAAGAAAAAAAAAAGAAAGCAAUUGAGCAUUUCUUGUCCAAAAGGGGCUGUGGUGACACUGAUAAUAUUAUCGUUUGUCAGAUAUGAUGCUUGCUUACAUUUUUAUCCAGCCUCCCUUUUUUUUAAUUUUUCUUUUGCUAUUUCUGUGAAUUAUACCAAUCUUUGCUGUCUGUCUCAAUUUUCAUUUUAUUCAUUAGCAUAGAGGUAGAAAAUAAAAGCCAAGCAAAUAUUUAAUCAGCAUCUAGAUGUGUUUCCAAACUUUAUCUUUAGAUCAUCUAAGUCUUGGCCUCAAUAUUUUUUUAGUAUAAUUCUUGUAGUAUUUUAGUAGCUUUUGCUUUGGACUAUUUACCCUUAUGUAUUAGGAUUUUUCUAUUUUAUUCUAUUUCCUGUUAUUUUCAAAAGAUCAUUAGUAGGGCAGAAUUGUAUAUGUGUACUCUCUUUAAAUUCACAAUAAAUGGAGCAUGGUUACAGAAAUUUGACUGUAGCGUACUACUACUCACUAAAUUAUUAGAUAAUGUAGUACACAGUUCCAUGCCAAAAUGGGUCUACUAAAGUAUGAAGGAGAUUUAAUUCUUUGCAAGGUACUUUCUUAGGAUGCUUAGAGGUACAUCAGUAUUCAUGCUGCAUCUUCCAUUUUUUUAGCUAUCAUCCUAUUACUAAUCAGGUCUUUGCCUUACAGUUGAGACUUUGGCUAACAUCCAAGGAAGUUGGGCAUACCUGAGCUAGAAACAGAAGGAAAAUGGAGAGAUUGAGUGUCUUAUACAGUAUUGUGGUUGUAAACUACUGUUGUCCAGAAAAUAUUAUGGUGAUUUAAAUGUUAAUUUUACAGCACUGUAGUCCAUUAUCGAGGUCUACUAUCAAUAUAACUGUAGAUACUGCACACUAAGCCUAUUACUCUAAAAAAAGUUUUGUCUCAGCUCAGUUUAUUGAAGAAAAUUGCUGACAAUAGUUAGAUGGAAUCCAGGAACUCAAUGAAUAUGAGAUGUAAUUAUAAACACACAUGCUUUCAAGGUGAUGUACCGGGGAAAAUUGAAAGUUUGUUCCUGACUCUUGGAGUGGAUCAGAAACUCUUCUCACAUUAUAAAAGGAAAGCAAGUGAAUCUCAGAUAGACAUUUCCUUGCAUUUCCUAUCUUGAGAUUUUUUUUUUAAAAAAAAAAGAAUAGUUGUUUCCUUUUGUUUCCCCCCCGCCCCACUUUGUACUCAGCCAUUAUCUUCUAUAUUUCAGCAGUUCUGAAAAAUCCCAUCACACACUGAGUUUUCUUCAUGUCAAAUUCAAGUAACUUUUCUAUGUGGAAAGCUACAGUAAAUCAAGAGACAAUUGGAAUUUGUUAGACAAAAAUGUGAAUAUUUCCGUGGAUUAAAUUAGAAAUAGACUUUGUAAUGUAAUUAAAGGGUAUAAUUUAUAAAUAAAAUUUUGUGUGUAAAAAUGCUGUAAUAUAAAUGCUUGUAAAUUGAUAGCAAUUCUAGUUGUUGAGGGUUUCCACUAAAUGCUGAGACAGCUUCUCUUCAUUAUGUGCCCAGCAGGUAUAGUAGCUUUGCGACUUAUAUAUUGUGCUCAAUGUAAGCCUAUUCAAAUCACAUUUAGUUUUAAUGUGCAGCAGAGCUUUACUUUUUACCUAAUUGAAUCUAAUUAAUGAAAUCUCAAAAUUGCUAAUGGUGGGUUUACGCUGUCAAUUCAUAACUUAGAGUUGAAUGAUUUCACAAGCAGAAUCAGCACAUCACAAGAGGGUAUUGCUAUUUCCUUAGUAUUUCGCGAAGGGGUUUUCAAAAUUCCAGGACUUUCAGGUUUGGGCUGAAUGUUUGGAGGAAUUAUAACCAAGCAAUAAGUACUGGAAAAUGUUCAAAGACCAAUCUGUGGUUCCCUUAAUAUCAUUUCAACUCUGAUCUUCUUAUUUUGGGUUGUAUUUGAUGGGUGAAUUGAGUGGUAUAAACAAAUCCUAAGUCAUAUUUAUGAAAGACAUUUCUGAAUGCUUAGAAAAAUCAGGACAGCGAAGAACCCAGUUUCCAAAAUAAAGGAUUCCUUGUCAGGUAGAAAAAGUAUAAUGUGGCAAUUAGCACAAUUUUCAUUCAAAAGCAAUAUCGCAGGUUCCUUUUCCCCUGUGUUUAUACUAUGCAGGAUAAUAUACUAAUACACUAUUAGCAAAGUCAUUUCUUUGAAUACUGAAUUUUGUUGAAGACUCAAUAACCUCAGAGGAAUUUCUAGAACCUUAAGAGGCGUCAAAGAGCACAGUGGCAUAUGUUACAUGAUUUCAAGCCAGGACUUCCAAGAAACUUUAGAGGAUUGGAAUAAGAAUAAAAAAUGAACUGUGGAGAAUGUCCAUCACUCUCUUGGUAUGUGAGUGGCUGUUAUCCAAAAGAAGGCCAGUAACUGAUGUGCCUAUCAACUGAGGAAAGGAAAAAAAAAAUGAAAUGGACUUAAACUGCAGCAAGAGAAAGGACAGAUGGAAGAACUUUCUAGCAGAUAGAAUUCUUAAAUGAGUUAAAAAGGAAGACUAUAGAAUAUCUCCUCCCCUGGAGAGCUUUUAAAUUUAGAUAGAUACCCAUCUGCCUCUAAAGACGUAGGUACACUUUUGCUAGAAGGAUGGGGUUAGAUGAUAUUAACUCUAUGGUCCUUUGUGUUUUAAUAGUCAUAAUCAGCAUUAGGCUGUGUUCCAUACAGUUCCAACAUUGGAAUUGAUUGCAUAAUGUUAACACCUCCCACUGUUUGACAAAUCAUUCACUUUGUGGCUGAUUUCACAAACUUCAAUAAUUUGAUAUGAGGAAGACUCAUUACCACUUGAUAAGUAAUUGGAUGAAAUGAUCCAAAGCUUCAUUAAAGGUGAAGAAUUAGGAGUAGACCACCCCUUUUCCCCAAGGUCUGAUAUGAUUAACUCACCACUCUCUGUAAAUGUUAUAAUCAUGGCACUUUGGUCUUAUCCCACAGUUUUCUCAAUUCCUAAGUGGUCUCUAAUGCAUUUUGCAAGCACAUGGAGUUUUAACUUCCAAAAUGAAGUGACAAUCUUGCAAAAACAUAGUGGAAUUUGAUGCCUUCAAUAAAGGCACUACCAUGCUUUUUUUGCUGAUUGCUGGAAAUUUCAGCAAUUCACACUGCUACAGUCCUCAUUUUAGUCAAUCAAAUUGUUCAGCUGCAGUAAAAUGCCACUCAGAUGAGGUUCUGAAGUCCAAAGACCCAAACCUGUUGUUUGCGGGGACACUUGAGAGUCUCAAUGCCUCUAAAUGUAAGCAUUGCGAUUUCAUUCCAUCCCCUCCCCGACCAACCACAAUCUAGGCAUCUAAUAGUGACAGUCUGUCCUACCAAAUGUUUUCAAUACUUUCCACACGUUGUCUGUGGAAAUUCCUUUGCUCUUCAACUAGUAAGACAGUCUCAAUAAACAUCCAUCCUAGAACAUUCAUCAGUGAGCGUGCUGUGUCUUUGCUCGGAAGAAACUAAGUCCAAGAAUCCCGCUUGGUUCCUGUCAGGUAGAGAGCUCUUGCAGCUGAGCUGAAUUUAGCAUGUCUGACUGACCUUUUAGCCAAUGUGAGAUUGGAGUCAGAUACUACUUCUUUUCAACAGAGAUGCUCCUUCUUGGGAAGAUUUAGCCUUUAGAGGGGAUUGUAACCCUUGUGUGUUGGCCACCAUUCGCUGCUGUUUUUGUUUUUUUUUUUUUAACAAGUCAGCUAGCCCCCACCCUCAGCAUAUCUUGCUUUUUCAGUAAAACACAUUCCUGGAAACUGCAGUUAUGAAAGGUGUGAGGAAGCACAAUUUCAACCUGCAGAAAAUGACUAAGCUAACACUUCCUUUUCUUCCCCUACACCUCCUACCUUCAAUACCAGAAGAAAGUUUACUUUUAGAUCUACCCAGAUAAGGAAGCAAAUAGAAAAUAUAAUGGGUUAUUAAAUGGGAAUUAAGUAUUUUGCUUUUUUUUUUUUUUUUUUUUUACCUCUUCCUAGACUGAGCUCCUUGUGGGACAGGGACUGUGUCUGACCUGAUUUUCUGGUAUCUACUUCAGUGCCUAGUACAGGAUUUGGAAUAUACUGCUAAACAACUGCAAUAAUUAUAACUAAUAAUAAUAAUUGUUAUUAUAACUAUAAUUAUUCAACUAAGCACUUAAGGAAAGUUCAAAAGAGUUGGUAGACAUGAUCUCUGAUCUCAAGGAGUUUAAAAUUAAUCAUCAGAAAUUACUUUCAAGAUAGAACUAUCAACUAUCUUCUUCCUCUAAAUGUACAUUUCAUGUAACUUUUCUAGGUACCAGAAUAAACUAUAACAUUGUGAUAAUCUCUCUUUAUCAGUAUAUCUUUCAUUCAGUAGAAUGGGCAUCGUAUUUAGGUUUCCAUACAUGGUUUUUUGGGUUUUUUUCCCAGGAAUAUUCUUUCCUGUGACAGUUAAUGUGAUGUGUCAGUGUCUUAAGGACAAGCAUUGAUUUAGACUUUUUUACACAUACAUUAGUGAUUUCUCUGGAACAGAGAUUGUACAUUUGGGAGUAACCUUAUUUCGGCAUUUAACAUUUUAUUUUCUAGUUAUGUGAAUUUGUGGGGAAUAAGGCAAUUCUAUCUACACAAUUCAGUGGUAGUUACAUGAUUAGAGUUGUUAUGCUGUGUGACAGUAAAAGACAACCUUUGCCUUGUAGAAUUGAUUGACUGUAUGUUGACAAGAAAAUGUAAGCAUGGCACAUUCAUAAAUUUAGUCGUAAGAAGGGAAAUCAUCUUUAACUUGGAUUUUCUUUAAAUACAUGUAGACUCCAACACUAUAUAGAUAUAGAUAUAUAUCAUUUAUAUGGUUAGAUUAUAAGGCUGAUUUUCAAUUUGAAAUAUACAACAUUAUACCUUGCAAGAAAAUCUGGUCUGCACUUCCAUGUAGGAAACGAAAAAAAGCUUUAUGUCCUGAUAACAAAAUUCUUACUCUUAUGAGAAGGAACAUGAGACUAUUCUAAAAGCCGGCAAGACAUAUCUAGAAAGUUUUUUUUUUCUUCAUAUGUAUAUAAAAUUGAUGAAAAUUAAUAACAUUCCCUGCCAAUCGCUUUAUUAGAGCUAGUUGUUCAAUGGCUUUGAAAGAAGUAAUCAUCGUUGUAGCUUUCUUCCAAAAAUAUAUAUUUUUUUCUUAUUGGCAAUAUAAAACCAUUCCCUUUGACAACCACCAUAGCACGAGUUGAAAAGAAAUAGAGGCUGGUUUGUGAAUGUGCAAAGAAAAGAUCAAAUAUGUUAAAGGCAAAGAUUUUAUUUGGUAAUUUAAGGAAACAAUGUCUAUAACUUAGGCUAACCCCAGUUAAGAUAUUUAAAAGCAAACAAACGAAAAAACACCUUUGUAAAUAUGCAUUUGAGUUUGUAUUGUGGGGAGAUUUUUUCGUUUCCACUCUGUGACAUUCAACAGGAUCUGAAAGUGAGCAGUGAGUGUAAGUGUACAUUGCUAACCACGCUUUGGAGAUCAGGCAGUUGGACGUUAUAAGGUGUUGUCCGGUCAUGAAACUGCAAUAGCUCUAUUUCAGGUUCUGUACAGCAUGUUGUCUUGUUAGUUAAAAUGCUUACUAAUAAACUAGUUCCACAAAAAUCAAAA